CAUGAAGCCACUGGUGAAAGCUUCAAACAUCCUUCAGUCUGAGUCCACUUCCUUUAUGGGAUGGCUCCUGCCAGUAAUCCAACAACUACUUUCCAAACUUAGCAGGCUGGAGACAUCAAGCAAGACAUGCGUGCCACUCAUCAGAGCAUUGCAAAAUGGCCUUCAAAAGCAUUUUAGACCGAUGAUGGAGGAUCCAGAGUUGGAUGCAGCUGCAGUCCUCUUACCCAAGUUCAAGACUUCCUGGACUGACGGAGCAGAUGUAAUAGGGGCUGCCUUGACAUACAUCAAACAACAUCUUGAAAUGACAGAGCAUGAGAGUGAGGAUCAGCAAAGAGAGUCAUCUGAUGAAGAUGAAUUCUUCUCCAGACCAAUCUCCAGAAGGCUGCAAAGUGCAGCUGAGCUUGAUGGUUAUCUUGCUUGUGCCACAGACACCAUGGAGCUGCUGCACUCCUUCUCAGCCAUCAAAAACCUCUCUCUUAAACUGAACACAGCUCUGCCUGCUUCUGCUGCGUGUGAACGACUUUUUAGCUGUGCUGGUUUACUCUUCAAAGCCAAACGAAGUCGAAUAGCAUCUGUUAAUUUAGAAAACCAGCUCUUGCUGAAACUGAACAAAAGGUUCAGAAAGUAA